AGUGAGAAAGGCAAAAAAAAAAAUAGAGAGAAGGAAAGAGGGAAAGAGGGAAGGAGGGAGAGAGCAAGUGUGCCGCUUUGAGGCGUUCCAUCAUCCACCAAACUCCUGCAGCUUCCCUCUUCCCUCCUCCUCCUCCUCCUCCUCCUCCUGGAGAGAGAGAGAGCAACAGAGAGAGGGAGCAACAGAGAGAGAGCGAGAGAGUCACGCUUACAAGCCAGCGGAGAAGAGACGUCAAGAGGAGGAUCUACAGAGGGAGGAAAAAAAAAUCCCUCUCUCUCUCUCUUCUGCUGCCUCUCUUCGAGCAUCCUACGGGCAGCGAGGAGCGAAGAGGAGCGAGGAGGAUCCGGCUGGCAUAUUUUCUACGCUGCUUCCCCGCGAUUUCUGUGGCCGAAUCACAGUGGGUGGAGCGCAGGGAGAGCCGCCGAGAGCUCGAUCGGUGACACCGCUCCGCAGCAGAAGAAGAGUACUGUAGAGGAGCCGGGAUGCUUAACAACCUGACCGACACAGAGGAGGGGGACGGGGGAGCGCAAAGCCAGGUCGCACAGUGCAUGGCACCAGAAACCAGUCUUCCACAGAUGGGAUGUGGUGACAGUAACCCCAAGGAGAGCAGCCCCUUCAUCAACAGCAGUGAUGUUGCCGCAGAGAAGAGCCAGCAGUAUGACGGCAAGAACAUGGCCUUGUUUGAGGAGGAGAUGGACACCAGUCCCAUGGUGUCGUCUCUUCUCAGCAGCCUGGCCAACUACUCCAACCUGCCCCAAGGUAGCAAAGAGCACGAGGAGGCCGAGAACAACGAGGCAGAGUCAUCGCGCAAGAAACCCGUCAAGGCCCCCCAGCUCGGCACUCUGAUGGGCGUCUACCUGCCGUGCAUCCAGAACAUUUUCGGAGUGAUCCUCUUCCUCAGGAUGACCUGGUUGGUGGGAAUCGGAGGUGUCAUUGGGACUUUCAUCAUCGUCUUCAUGUGCUGUGCCACAACCAUGCUGACUGCCAUCUCGAUGAGUGCCAUCGCUACCAAUGGAGUAGUGCCAGCUGGAGGCUCCUACUACAUGAUAUCCCGUUCGCUGGGCCCCGAAUUUGGGGGAGCAGUGGGGAUCUGUUUCUAUCUGGGGACCACCUUCGCUGGAGCCAUGUACAUCCUGGGGGCCAUCGAGCUCCUCCUGAUCUACAUAGUGCCCAAAGCGGCCAUCUUUCCCCUGGAGGGUCUGGAGGGUGCCGAGGCAGAGGCCGCCCUGCUGAACAACAUGCGAGUGUACGGGACCAUCCUGCUGACCUCCAUGGCCACGGUGGUGUUUGUCGGCGUGAAGUACGUCAACAAGCUGGCCUUGGUGUUUCUGGCCUGCGUCAUUCUCUCCAUCCUGGCCGUCUACGCCGGGGUCAUCAAGACCGCCGUCGAACCUCCUGUUUUCCCAGUGUGUCUCUUGGGUAACCGCACGUUGGUGUGGAAGGCCUUCGAUGUGUGUGCCAAGACCCUUGAGACAGCUAAUGGGACAGUCACCACCCAGCUGUGGCGCAUGUUCUGUGACUCACCUUUCCUCAAUGCUACCUGCGACAAAUACUUCACAGCCAACAAUGUGUCUGAGAUCCAGGGCAUCCCAGGGGUCACCAGUGGAAUCCUGGCAGAGAACCUAUUUGGGAACUACUAUGAGAAGGGGGAUCUGAUUGCCAGAAAAAAAAUGGAGUCAGUGGAAGACCAGGACGACCCUCUGACCAGCUCAAACCGCUACGUGUUGGCCGACAUCACCAGCUUCUUCACAUUGCUAGUCGGCAUCUAUUUCCCCUCUGUGACAGGGAUCAUGGCUGGCUCCAACCGCUCCGGAGAUCUGCGAGAUGCCCAGAAGUCAAUCCCCGUUGGGACCAUUGCAGCCAUCACCACCACCUCUUUAGUCUACAUGUCCAGUGUGAUUCUGUUUGGUGCCUGCAUCGAGGGUGUGGUCCUCCAGGACAAAUUCGGAGAGGGAGUCCACGGGAAUUUGGUGAUCGGCACGUUGGCUUGGCCGUCACCAUGGGUGAUCGUGAUCGGCUCCUUCUUCUCCACCUGCGGGGCCGGGCUGCAGAGUCUGACGGGAGCUCCUCGUCUCAUGCAGGCCAUCGCCAAGGACGGCAUCGUGCCCGCCCUUCGGAUCUUUGGCCACGGAAAGGCCAAUGGAGAACCCACAUGGUCCCUCCUGCUGACAGCUUGUAUCUGCGAGAGCGGCAUCCUCAUCGCUUCCCUGGAUGCAGUGGCUCCCAUCCUCUCCAUGUUUUUCCUGAUGUGCUACAUGUUUGUGAACUUGGCCUGUGCUCUGCAGACGCUGCUGAGGACUCCAAACUGGAGACCCCGCUUCAAGUUCUACCAUUGGGCGCUGUCAUUCCUGGGGAUGAGCUUGUGUCUCACUCUCAUGUUCCUCUGCUCCUGGUACUACGCCAUCGUCGCCAUGGUUAUUGCCGGCUCUAUCUACAAGUAUAUCGAGUUCGCAGGUGCGGAGAAAGAGUGGGGUGACGGGAUACGAGGUCUGUCUCUGAGUGCUGCACGUUACGCUCUCAUGCGCCUGGAGGAAGGUCCGCCGCACACCAAGAACUGGAGGCCCCAGCUGCUGACGCUGGUCAGCACAGACGCAGAGCAGAACGUGGAGCAGCCUCGUCUGCUCUCUCUGACCAACCAGCUGAAGGCGGGUAAAGGUCUGACCAUUGUUGGAACGGCUCUAGAGGGCACCUUCCUGGAGAACCACGAACAGACCCAGCGUGCAGAGCAGGCGCUGCGUAAACUGAUGGAGACUGAGAAGGUGAAGGGCUUCUGUCAAGUGACCGUGUCCUCGAACCUGCGUGAUGCCACCUCCCACCUCAUCCAGGCCAGCGGGCUUGGUGGCCUGAAACAUAACGCUGUGCUGGUGUCCUGGCCGCGCAACUGGAGGCAGGGCGACGAGCACCAGACCUGGAGGAACUUUGUUGAGCUGGUCAGAGAAACCACCGCCGCUCACCUGGCUCUACUUGUCCCGAAGAACAUUUCAGCCUUCCCGUCCAAUGGAGAGCGCUUCACUGAGGGUCACAUUGAUGUGUGGUGGAUCGUCCACGAUGGAGGCAUGCUGAUGCUGCUGCCCUUCCUUCUCCGCCAGCACAAGGUUUGGAGGAAGUGCAAGAUGCGCAUCUUCACUGUGGCCCAGUUGGACGACAACAGCAUCCAGAUGAAAAAAGACCUGACCACAUUCCUCUAUCAUCUCCGUAUCGACGCCAUGGUGGAAGUCGUAGAAAUGCAUGACAGUGACAUCUCAGCCUACACUUACGAGAAGACCCUGGUGAUGGAACAACGGUCGCAGAUGCUCAAACAGAUCAACCUGACCAAGACUGAGCGUGAGAGAGAGAUUCAGAGCAUCACUGAUUCAUCCCGCGGGUCAAUCCGACGCAAGAACCCGGCCGCUGUGACCACCCAGCUGAGUGUGACCGAGGAACCACCAGCAGCCAGCAAGGAGGAGAAGCCUGAGGAAGAGUCAAAGUCGGCCUCUUCCCCUGUGUCCCCCCCUGCUCAGGUCCAGCUUAUCCACGACAACACCAACCCGGCCAGCCCAGCAACUCCGGCCACCCCGCUGACCCCCACAGAGGGGGCUAAGAGCCCCGGGGAGCAGGUCCAGAUGACCUGGACCGAGAAGUUAGACGGCGAGCCUGCCAAGCCGCCUGGCGCAGCCACACCAGAGGGCAUCAAAGACAUCUUCAACAUGAAGCCCGAGUGGGAGAACCUGAACCAGUCCAAUGUGCGACGCAUGCACACAGCGCUCCGGCUGAAUGAAGUCAUCAUCAAAAAGUCCUCAGAGGCCAAGCUAGUCCUCCUCAACAUGCCCGGGCCACCCAAGAACAGGACAGGUGACGAGAACUACAUGGAGUUCCUGGAGGUCCUCACUGACGGCCUCAACCGGGUCCUCCUGGUCCGCGGAGGCGGCCGCGAGGUUAUCACUAUCUACUCCUGAAAGAGCAGCCCCCUUCCCCCACUUCCACCCUCCCCCCACCCCUCCCUCAGCCCUCUUCCUGUGUCACCUUUUCUCCCACACUCUCAUCAACGCUGCCUCAUCAUUGUGUCGCUCUUACCGUUUCUUUCUGUAAGAUAGUCCUCUCACACCGAGCCAAUGGCCCAGCUCAGCCUCGGCACCUCUCCCUCAGCUCCAUCCCCAGCAGACCGAUGAGCAGUAUUACAUGCUCAGCUACUAAAACCCUUCAUUCCAGUCCAGUAUGCUACUAUAACUAUUGUCGGCUCUAGACUAAUUUAGAUGCUAUCUAGAUUUGUUCUUAAAGAGACUUUUCUUUUCAUCGCUUAGUGUGUAAUCUACUGUAGUAACUUGGACUCACUCAGUAAAGGAGGAGGUGGUGGUGUUGGGUGUGGGUUGUUAGCUGAGGUGUGAGCGCACAUGCAUGUAUGUGUCCGUCCUUGUUUGAAUCUCUGCCGAUUCUUUUUUGUUUGUUGUUUCUUUCAAAUACAAGUGUGGCAUAGCAGCGGCUUCUGCUUGGAAAGAACGAGAGCCAGCUGAAAUGAGCUCAGUGUAGGACUGUCUGUUUAGUUCCCUCGUGGUGAUCGGACACCUCCCACAGCGUUCCAGCCUGUUGUCUUCGAUGUGAUUUAUCUUUUCAAGGCAAAAAGACACUGCUACCCACGGUCAGGACCACCAGCUGGAAGGAGGAAUAGAGUUGUUGAGUAUGAACUGUGAAAUUCACAUUCGAAGAAGACUGAAAAGGCUCGUGGAUCAAACCUGCAGUAUUAUCUUUAACCUGAUCAGUCCUUAGCAUGGCGUCCUUAUAACUGUGUGUGUUUUUACUCCACUUGUUCUGUUACUGCCAUUUCCCCCCGUCCUCCUUUCUCAACUCAUUUCCUAGUGGCUGUUCAUCCCCGUGGCCACUGUUAGUGCCAAAAAAAAUACAACAAGGCUAGCUUAGUUUGUAGAGAUUGACACGUAAUUAAAACUGUGAAUAGUGCGUUUCCUACCAGAAGGCUGGUGUGACAGCGGAGUGGGGAGACAGUACAAACACCCCCGAGGAGAUUACCAUUGCCAGCACCCCUCGACCCUCGUGUGGAUCACUGUAAAUAAUGUACAAGCUCUGACGCGUUGUUCAGUAUGAGUGUAGUAUUUUUGUGACAUACUAAAAAGCUUCUAGUGGAGAGAAAACGUUCCUUCGCUGAGAGGGACAGCUCAAAAACGCUGUUUUUAAAAUUUAUUUAUCUAAUUUAUUUAUUUAUUUAUUGGAUGGCAUAGGCUCCUGUCACUAUGGUAACUGUCAUUGCAACCUCGACAAGCACUGCACCUGCACUGUCCGCCACUGUGCAACAAGUGAAAUUUUGAUGAGUUCAUCAGAGUCAUUAAAUGAAAAAAAAAAACAAACUACUAAAUGUUAUUUUUUCAUCUAGAGAACAAAUAUGUAUUUAUGUUUAUAGACAGAAGUUAUCACAUAUUGAUGAAAUAGAUGUAUGUCAUUUUGAUUGUCACAAGAUAUAUUGUUGUUUUGCCUAAUUUAGAUACAUUAAAUGUGCCAUAUUAAAGUAUUUUUCAAAGAGAAAAUAGUGAACAAAAAUUCUAUUGGUUGAAUCAGAGUGAACAAAGUGUGUUAAAAAAAAAGGAAAACUGAUGUGUUUACGUGACGCCAGCACGGUAACGACACUAUAGUUGGAAAGUCGCCCUACAGAUGAUGAAAGAACAGAUGUUCAGACACUCGGGUUCGGAGUUUAUCAGCUCUCACCGAGGUGAGACUCUGAACAUCUCUUGACUGAUUGUUUAUAGGGCCGAGUCUAAACAAAUAGAGAGGACAAUGGCUUCUGUAGCUAGGAAACUCAUGUUGUCCACAAGACUGAACUCUAUGCAGUAGACUCUCCAGUGAGAUUUUAUAUCCUCUAGAUCGGUUUAAGAUUUGAGCCACACACGUCCCUGACUGAAUGACUGGUGAGCAAAUCAUAUUUAGGUUCAAAAAGUGCAUCUUGGAAGGAAUGUGCAAUAGUUGAAAAUCCGGACUCAUGUGACCAUGUUAUUUAUUUUUUUACACAUAUAUUUUGUAUAUGUAGAUUUCGUAAGUCUUUGAAAAAAAAAGAAAAGAAAUCCAGAAUCAUCUCACUCUGACCAAGGACAGCUGUCACUUUACUUUGAUUAUUUCUGUUUCUUUUCUUAAAUAAACUGUUUUUGGUCAUUUGCACUUGUAGUAGAAAUAUAAAUAAAUACGUAUAUAUAUAAAUAUACAGUAUAUACAAUAUAGGGAAGCAAAACAAAUUAGUUUCUAGAACUAUUUACAAACAGUAUUAAAUGUUUUUAGUGUUGCUUGAAUGUCGGACCAUAUGUUGUGAAUGCUGCUAGUAUCAAUAGAUUUAUUUGUACUGUAAAUAGAGAUGACUAAAGCAACAUUAAAGAUGAAUAAGGGUAUAGACAUACAUAUCAGUGGUGGUGGUUGUUUAACAAGACGAGGCUGUACCUGUAAACAUUUGGCCUGAGAUCUCUGGACAGGGUUAGCUUUCUGUUUUAGUAGAAAACUAAACUGAAUACCUUGAUGCAAUAUUUCCAACUGAGGGCAAACCCUCCACCCUUUUAUUCUCUUUUUAAAGUAAAAUGCUCUCUUGAUUGUCACCAUCUUCAAUCCCAUGAGUAAAGUGAACCAAUUUUAAGAGAUUAUUAAUUUAAAGAAACUUACAGGAAUCACCAAAAAAAAAAAAAAGAUCUUUAAAUAUAUAAAAAUAUUUAUCUGCUAAACGUUACUGUUUGCGAAUUUUUAACACACCUACCUUUGACACCUGUGAUACUUAAGAAGCAGCCACUCCGAGUUUUCAAAGAUUUUAGGGUGCCAAGUCACGGAGAUUUUCUUUACUAUGCUUGUCACACUUUAACUCUGACAAAAAGGGGGUCGUUGAACGCUCACAUCAGUUUUUGAAGAACACGGCUAUUUUUGGGAUUGUCUCCACAACAUUGCCUGCAUCAACUGAGCCUUUUAAAUUUAUUCAAAAGAAAAGAUAUCGGAGAAGUUUAUUGGAAAUGAAUUUAUUUAUUGAAUUAUAAAUGUUUUAUAAUUGCUGUUUGCAUGGUACUACGUGGCGAUAUUUGUUUUAGUGGUUUCUAUAGUGAUGACUUAUAUGUUCAAGGUGCAGAGCGGGGUUAAAGGUUGCCAAAUGUUCUCACUGAGUUACAGAUUUCGAGACACUCUGGAGCGUUCGGCGCUCAGUCGGAGACACGGCUAGACCUUGAAAACAAGUCUUUUGCAAAAAAUAAGAAAAAGUAUGAGUUCACUAUAUUGUUACUUGUUAUAUUUCAAUCUUGCUCAAAUAGUCUUAUGUAAUGUAAUAGGAGAUUUUGAGUUUGCGAAUGGAUGGGCCUUCGAAACGGUCAUUUCACCUUUGUAUAUAUACUAUCACUAAAGUCAGAGACACUGUAACCUACUAGUGUUGUCUUUUGUUGUACACUGUUCUAUCACUGUGGACAAAGUCUUAGAGUUUUGUAAGAUUAUGUGCAAUAUUGUUCUCACAUUGGUAUUUUAUUUUCAUUAUGUCACAGUUCUGUUCUUUUCUAUAAACAACUGGAGGUGUCACUUACGUCAUCCGAAUGUUUGUCACCCGGUCUUACAGACAAUAAAGAUCUACAGUGUUCAUCCCAAAUGUGGCUGAGACAGCAAAGCACUUUACACUGAGGGGGUACUCUGUGACAGGAUCAAUCUGCAGGAGCAAGGGGGGGUCGAACAAGAGCCAGCCUACUCUGUACAGACUCUAUCCCACAGUGAUCUCUGGUGGCACACGAGUGUAUUACAGCCAGCCGUUGAGGUCUGACAGCUCAGACUCUAAAUUAGUUCCCAUCAUCUUGCAGCAGUUUUAAACUGCACUAAUCCAGAGAUCUACCUGCUGAUUUUGUUUACAUCCUAUCAUUUCAGCAUCUUACUCGGACAUCUUAGCAUGCAACACAUCUUUUCCUUUCUCUUGCCAAACUUCUUUAAAGAAAAAAAAAAAGAAUAAUAGUAACUGUUAAAUUUAUAGUGCUUGUCACUCAAUCUGUGAGGUGAGCCUUCCCAGAAUCCCUCCUCCACCCCCCCAAACUCCCCUCUCCUCAUCCCCAAAUCCGCCCCACAUCCCCAGCCUCCCCCAUCCCAGCCACUGAAUCCACCCCAGCUCUGUAUUUUAAAUGUGAUUGCAGUAUAAUUCUGAAAAACGAUCAAAGAAUAUAAAACUCGCGCUUCCAAUUCUGGCACUGGCUCUGCUUGGACGACACAGGGAUAGCCGACUUAGAAAACCAGCACGUCCCCUCUCCCCACAGCUGAUCCGUGACGUAGAUCAGAUCCUUCGCCUGCACAACUGUAGCAUGAGACAAACUUGCCGGUGAUCAUUACUCAGUCUCCAUCCUUAAAUGGAUAUUAAGGGCUCUGAAACACAUCUGUUACCGGGUUGAGGAGGCUGUCCUGUUAAGACACCAACAGAGAACAUACAAAACAAAUCCCAGAUUAUGGCAGAGAGGGCGCAGUCUGUAGCUGAUUGUACCCUUCAGUUUAUUUUCACACAAGCGUCAGACACAUGUGCCUGAUGCUGGAGGUAAAGCUGCACUUAUAUUUCACAGUCGAUCUCUCUGGGAGUUUAAGAGAAGAACUCAAGUGGCUGUCCGCUCGGUGCACGCAGAGCCAGGUCCCAGUCAUGUUGUGUAACUCAGUGCAUGCAUGCAAUUACCCUGAACAAGGUGUAUUGAAAAUAUAUUGGGUGUUUGUGAUAUAAAAGUAUUUUGUUUAUAUCAAUUAGAAACUUUAUUUCUAGUAGUAUGAUUUUUUUUCCUCUUUCCUUAGGACUGGCCAAUCAUUGUAUCCGAGAUGAAUAUUAUUAUUAUUAUUAUUAUUAUUAUUAUUAUUAUAGUACAAGAUUAUAUUUUUUAUGGUAGAUUUGUUGACAAGGUCCUCUCAUUGUGUCAGAUAUUACCUGCAGAUAAACUGAUUACCAAAGUAUAUUUCAGUUACCUACAUAGAUGAGGAUGUGCAAAUGUGUGCUCCAGUGAAUUAGACGCUGACGACGUGUUUACUUUAUUGAAAAAAUGUUUCACAAUUAUCAGUUAAUUAUAUGACAAAAAAAAUAUUGUUUCAGGAGGGUAAAACUAUAGAAGUGCCAAAGUGUUAGAGGAGAUCCCUGCAAAUCCUCAAUUUGAUGGAUGUUGCAUAAAGCGAGCCUGAUUUGCCAACUUUUCACUGUAUAAAUGUGAUUUUAUUCAGUGAAUUAAGUACUUGAAAAUGCCAGCUCUCAAAACUGGUCUGAUUCAUCAGCUUUCAGACAACCUGUAAGGAAAAAGUUUGACAUUUUGGGAGAAAACAUAUCUGCUUUCUUGUUGAGUUAGCAUUAGCACAGAGAUUAUUAAUGUGGUAAUAAGCUAGCCUGGCUCUGUUUAAGGGUUUAAAAUCCACCUACAAGUGUCUCUAAUGUUCAGUACCUAACACCUUGUAUGAAGUGUGUUUAAUUACAGAAGGUUAUAGAGCAUUUUUGGUUUAAUCUGUACAAAAACUUGAGGCUAUCUUGGCUUGUAGCUGUUGCUAGGCUAACAGCAGACUCCAGGAAGUAACUGAUCCUGACCAAGAAAUAGUCAGGUUCAAAACCCCCUUAUAAAACGACUAUUAUAAUUUUAACCCCCCAAUUUUUGUAUGAUUUAAUGUAACAAUUUAAUAAUUGGGUUUUAGAGGUGCUAGCAGUGGAUUUUGUGAUCUUUGGACAGAGCUAUCUUAGCUGUUUCCCUCUGUUUUUAGUCUUUGUGCUAAGCUAUGGCCAAGCUAAGCUAUGUUAGCCAGCUGCUGUAGCUUCAUAUUCAGCUGACAUAAGGGACUGUUCUUUACUUAUCAGAUCAGGGGGGUGACUAAGGUGUGAUUUUGUUUUUUAUUUAUGUAUUUAUUUAUUUUUAUUUUGACCCUUCCCAAAGCUACAAAUGUUUUUCCUUGAGCCUCCCUGAGUGGAGGUAGAUACACGACCUUCCCUCCACCAUAAAUUAGUUAUUAGAUUUUUAAAACGUACCCUUUGAUGUCUGAAAGUUUUAGGUUAAAAGUUGAAUAGUAGUCAUUAGUAAUUAGCGGUUUCUUUUUGGCCAGAUUUUAAAUGAGAUUAGGAGUAAAGUGAUUUUGAUGAUUUUUUUUUUUAUUUUUUUUUU